GGUCAAAUGUGUGCUUAAACUACAGCCAUAGGUCACAAUGACCUAAGUAGCAGCAAAGCAGGCAACAUUACUUCUCAGAAGUAGUAAAUAUGAGUAGAUGUGCAUACAUUGAACAAAGAGCUUCAGAUCAGAAGAGACUUUGAACUUCAACUAAAAUUAGAUAAAAGUGAGGUAGUUGAUCGCUAUCAAUACAAAUGAUUGAAUAAAUGAAGGCCUAAAUGUGUUAGUAAUUAAAAUCAUAAUGUACUACCACAGAUUGAAAUUCUCUACCAUUGUAAUUAUAGUGAUUUAUAUAUGCCAGGCAGUUAGUGGAAAUACACAACUGUGGAAGUCAAGAGAAUGGAGACUUUCAGUGAACUGUGAAAUAGACUAUGACAAAUCAGAUAUGUCCAACAUAGAGAAGCAGCUGAAGCAACCUACAUGGGAGGCUCAAUCCUUGAUCAACAAAGCAAUAGGAGAUCUAAAUGAGCUUGAAACACCAACAAUGACAAGCGAGAAUAUUAAAAACCUGAUUCAGAAGAAGAUGGAAAGCUUACAGACAUUUACCAGAAUCAAGAAUACGUUAAACAUAAUAGUAUACAGUGAUCCAGCAACACUUCAAUCCCGUUUGAAUUGGACCGUUUCUCGUAAUCGAGAGAUGGGAUCUUGGUCCACUAAAGUUACACUUGAGCUUGUAUAUAAUCCUGGGAAUGACCCGAAUGCUAUUAUUUCCUUUGACAAGAGCUUCUUAUUCAAAGUUAAACCCUUUAGAGUUGAUAUGGUUUGUACAAGUGUCGAAUACUAUUUCAAUGUUGCAUCACUAACAGUAAGGAAAAAGACCCUUGCCAGUGUGAGCUACUAUAAGUUCAAAGCUAAAGCAGCUAUAAACCUCAUCUUCUCAACUUCAGUUGAAGUCAAAGCAAAAUUCAGCCAUAAAGAAACAGAUACAGAAGAGAUAAAGGACAUCCCAUAUACGUCCAUCAAUCCUUUUAUUUCUAUGUUUUUUUGCAUUGCUACAGACAUUAAGGCAUUCAUUGUAUUUUUGAUCUCAGCAACAUUGUAUGACAUUGUAUUUGUUUCCUUGAAAUGUGUUAUUUAUUUUGUAAUUAAUGGGUUUCUGUUUGUUCAGAUAAUUUUUUUCUUCAUAUCAAGGAGAAUUAACGAUAUGGACUCCUGGUUUUACAAAAAAGAAAUCAUAAGAUUUGUAUUUGAUCGGAUACAGGAAAUAAUCAAAACUGUUAUUGUUCCCAUAUGUGUCAAGAUUAUAUUAUCAUUUAUUUUUAUUGGUAAUUUUAUGUAUUAUUUCUGGCAAUAUGCACCAUAUCUAUUUUAUAUACUUUUAUCUUUUAUUUUUCUUAUUUUAAUAAUUCCAACCUCAAGAGAAAAACGCAAGGUAUGACUAUGAACAUGGCAGAAUGUAACCACCUGCUUGCAUAAAGCACUAUUAUAAUAUGUGUUUCAAAUCCAUCUGGCUACAUAUACCUCUCAUUGCUACAUGUAUAUUACAAAAAAUGCUGAACAUUUGUGAAUGCCAGUCAAAAAGAGGUAGCUAAAUAUGGAGAUAUAGUAAUAAACUUUGAUCUAAUAACAAUAUAUUGUGGCAACUUUUUAAUUUUUCAUGUAUUAAGAAGAGUAUAACUGCACAAGGAAUUUUUCAAAAUAUAAUGCAAACAAUAUACAUGCUGUAUUGAAGGUUACAACAUUAUCAUGCAUGCGCUAUAGAGUAAAGUUAAAAAAUAAAAUCAGACCUGUGCGAGAAUUCUGGCUUGCUUGACCAUCUCAGGGGCAUUACCCAAGCUAUCGAACAAAUGGUCUGUCGCUGAGAGGAUCUUAUCAACAGCUACUUCCUGUUGUCCGCCCUAGUAGAAAGAACAAAAGUUGUGACUGGUCAGGAAAGUUACAGUGAUGCAUAAAUACAAAAAACUGAAGAAGACAAUAUAUUAUGUGAAGUGCACUUGUGUUUACAAUAAUGGGUGACAUACAUUGAGCAGAUUUAUUUGAGCUAGGUGCAUGCAUCAUUGGAACAUCUAUUUGUAAGAUAUAUUGAUCAUGCUGAUAUUUCAUGAAAAUUCAAUGUAGAUUUUAAUAGGAGGAUGAAUAAAUUUUGUAUCUAGCA